GACAUGCCAGAGAAUGUUUCGUUCAUCAGGAACCGCACGGAGCUGGGGCAGGGGGGCGGCCGGGUGCUGGGGCCGGGAGGAGCGCGUCCCGCCUGGGCUAUCACGGUGCUGGCCAGCGUGUUAAUCUUCACCACCGUGGUUGACGUCCUGGGCAACUUGCUGGUCAUCAUAUCUGUGCUUAGGAACCGAAAACUGAGGAAUGCGGGGAAUGUCUUUGUGGUGAGCCUGGCCUUUGCUGACUUGGUGGUGGCCUUCUAUCCUUACCCGUUGGUGCUGUAUGCCAUCUUCCAUGAUGGCUGGUCACUGGGUGACAUCCAGUGCAAGGUGAGUGGCUUCCUGAUGGGCCUGAGUGUAAUUGGCUCCAUCUUCAACAUCACAGGUAUCGCCAUCAACCGCUACUGUUACAUCUGCCACAGCUUCUCCUAUGACAAGCUCUACAGCUACCGCAACACACUGCUGCUGGUCGCACUUAUAUGGGCCCUAACUGUAGUGGCCAUAAUUCCCAACUUCUUUGUUGGCUCACUCCAGUAUGACCCUCGCAUCUACUCGUGCACGUUUGCUCAGGCGGUGAGCACGUCCUAUACCAUCACAGUGGUGGUCAUCCACUUCUUUGUGCCCAUUGCCGUGGUCACUUUCUGCUACCUUCGCAUCUGGAUCCUGGUGAUCCAAGUGAGGCGCAAGGUCAAGUCAGAGGUGCGUCCACGCAUCAAGCCUAGUGACCUGAGGAACUUCAUUACAAUGUUCGUGGUGUUUGUGCUCUUUGCCAUCUGCUGGGCACCGCUCAAUUUCAUUGGGCUGGCAGUGGCCAUCAAUCCCAAGACAGUGGCGCCGCGUAUCCCUGAGUGGCUCUUUGUAGUCAGCUACUUCAUGGCUUACUUCAACAGUUGCCUUAAUGCCAUCAUUUACGGCCUGCUGAACCAGAAUUUUCGCAAGGAGUACAAGCGGAUUGUCAUGUCCAUGUGGAUGCCCCGCCUCUUCUUCCAGGAGACCUCACGGGGCGGCACUGAGGGUAUGAAGAGUAAGCCUUCACCAGGAUUGAACAACAAUGACCAAGUGAAAGGAGAAACUUUGUAA